CAAACAAUAGAAAACAGGAAGUCAAUUAGAGUUUGAGUCAUUACCUCUCAUUUUACUUUCUGUUUCUAAAAUGUGAAUCUGCAGCUUUGAAAGAUGACGCGAUGUAAAGUUUGGAUUGCAUUCCUGUUUGCCUGUCAAAUUGCAUUCGUUCACGGUCUCAUCUGUCACUGUUCUGACCAAAAAGAGUGUGGUCAUCAAGGAUGUUCAUCUUGUGAAAAAGAUUGGGCUGGACCCACAUGCCAGAUAAGGAAAGGAAAGCUUGAUCUUCAAUCUUCAAAAGCCACACAAUCUUAUACAAAAGAAAAGCAUGAAGCUGACUUUGCAGUUGAUGGUGAUGAAACCACGUACAGCUGGACUCAGAACACUACUAACACCACUGCAUUUGUCUACUGGACACUGGACUUGCAGAGCUCUCGCAACAUCUAUGAAGUGCGAAUCAUUUUCAGGCAAAUUGCAGACGAUAGAAACACGAAGAGGAGACCAGGGUUUUCAGUGGCCAUUUCUGAUGAAAACAACAAUGAUUAUUAUACUGCAAAAAUGUGUCAUCGUGAUAACUCUACAUCAGGAGAGAACAUUGGCGAAGUCAGUCUCGAGGAUUGCGCUGGAAUGGCUCGAUAUGUUCACAUUUUCAAUUUCCGCAAUGAGGAACUUGCCCAAAAUAUGACCUGGUCAACAUAUCCCAAUUUGGAACUUGCAGAAGUAGCUAUCAUAGGAGAUGCAGAUUGCAGUAACGGAACAUAUGGUGAGAAAUGUGACAAGCUUUGUGGAAAUUGCGCGGAAGGCAAGUGUGACAGGAACAAUGGAACUUGUCUUGUUUGCCUGGAUGGAUGGUAUGGCACACAAUGCAACCAAGCCUGUGGACAGUGUACUGGAGGCACAUGUGAAAAGAAUGAUGGCACUUGUUCAGGCCAGGUAAACAUAGCUGCCGGUGGCGUGACUUCGCAAACCUCGGAUCUUAACUAUGCUGGCUACCUGUGGACAUCUGACAAAGCAGUGGACGGCUGCGACACAGCCGCCAUUUCCGCCAACUUUUCGAGCGACUAUGAGAAGUCCCGCUGUUGCAGCUGCAGUGAUGGAGGAGCAGGCCAGCAGACGUGGACUGUAAAAUUGACAACGCCGUCUGUGUUGAGCACCAUAGUGAUUGAAGGCCGUACCGACAUAACCAUCCAACUGACCGGCUUCACAGUGGAGAUCCAGCCCGUCGGCGGCAGUCCGCCAAUUCAGAUCUACGACAACGCCGCCACUGGCGACACCGUAGCCAAACCGAUCCGCAUUGAGAACCUCGCCACAAACUUCCCCGUUUUGAUCGAGAGGGUCAACGUGAUGAAACCGCAGGCGCCGUUGACACUGUGUGAGGUCAAGGUCUUCUCGGAUAAGUGGUCAUGCAAUGAGGGCUGGUUUGGUACCAAAUGUGAGUUAAACUGCUCCCAAUUGUGUGUGGGUGGAUGCGAGAAAAGUGACGGCAGAUGCAGCCAUUGCCCUCCAAGACGUACUGGAACACAAUGUGAGAGCUGUCCCCAAUGUAAGGACAAUGAGUGUCACCCUAAUGGCACUUGUAAAAUAGCCUGCGCUGACCCCACAAUGCAUGGUGAUGACUGUGAUAGAAGAUGCAGCGACUCAAUCGCGGGAUGCACCGAGUGUCAAUCUGUAACAGGUUUUGUGGAUUGCACAAAAUGUGUGGUUGGGAAAUACAUAGACAGGUGUUUGGACUGCCCAGCUAACUGUGUUGAAUGUGUUGGUGCAAACAAUUGUACAGUUUGCAAAACUGGAUAUACUGGAGUUGAUUGCUCUAAUGUGUGUUCUACAAAAAACUGCAUGGAAUGUCACCCAGAUGGAACCUGUAUAGUAUGUACUCGAGGUUUCUUUAUAUCUGGAAGUAUGAAGUCCUGUUCUAAUUGUAGUGUAGCAAACAAUUGUACAGUUUGCAAAGAUCCAUUUAUUUGUGAAGAAUGCAUAUCUGGAUACUACCAAGAAAAUGGAAAAUGUAAGAAAUGCCCUGUAAACUGUGUAGAGUGUACGUCUGAAAAGAGCUGCUCAAAAUGUGAGGCGGGAUGGCAGGGGUUGACAUGCAAGUGUGGUAAGAAUUGUACACAGGACGUGGCUAAACAGGUAUCUGACUGGUGUUCCCAAGAAAAUGGGACAUGCCUGAAAGGCUGUGUCGCCGGUAAGUACACCAGCCACUGUAAGACAGAUUGCCCCCCACUUGAUGGCUCUUGUCUCAUUUGCGAUCAGACUGAUGGAAACUGCUUUGAAUGUGUUCCUGGAAGAUAUGGCAAGUAUGGGCAUCAGUUCAACAGCUCCUGUAGUGAGAUGUGUGGUCAGUGCGCUGAUGGUAUAUGUCAGAUAGACAAUGGAGCGUGUUCAGGACAAUGUAAUCCAGGUUACCAUGGUGCAAAGUGCUCUCUAAUGUGUAGUGCAAACUGUAAGAAUAAUUCCUGUGAAAAAGUUACAGGGAAAUGCUAUGAAUGUAAAACAGGAUUCUAUGGUGCCGAGUGUGACAUAAAAUGUUACACAAAUUGUAAACUGGAUCAAACCAAUUGUCGACAAAACGAUGGAUACUGUGACACCUGUGUUGUGGGUUUCUAUGGCGACCAAUGUGAUCAGAAUUGUAGCAUCAAUUGUAAUUUGGGGAUAAUGGGUUGCCGUAAACAGGAUGGAUUUUGUGACGUUUGUAACAUAGGAUUCCAUGGUAACACUUGUUCCAGCGCAUGUAAAAAUUGUAUGAAUUCAUGUCAAAAAACAGAUGGAAGAUGUGACGAAUGUGCAAUCGGUUUUUAUGGUCCAGAUUGCAAGUACAAAUGUCCUGAAAACUGCUUAAAUAAAUGCUCUAGGGACACAGGUCACUGUAUUGUAUGUCGGAAAAUGUUCUACGGCAGUUCGUGCGAGAAUCCCUGCCCAGACAAUUGUGGGGAGAUGGGAGUGCAGCAGAACUUGUGUAACAAGGAUACAGGGUUUUGCCAGCAGUGUAAGGCUGGUUACUAUGGCGACAAAUGUGAGGACAGAUGUUCUGAUCAGUGCACCACAAACUUUAUGGGACUUAUUUGUGAACAGGCUGAUGGAAGAUGCCGCGAUUGUCCAGUAGGAAUGUAUGGCAAGUUCUGCGAUUUACCAUGUGCUGGAAAGUGUGUCAACCCCUCAAAGCGACAUUCAGUUGGUGACUGCCACCAGAUGACCUCUGAGUGUGUCCAUGGCUGCCAAGAGGGUUACCAUAGCAACCUGUGUAACAUGUCAUGCAACACGGGAUGCAAGGGUCAGCAGUGUGACAUCGACACUGCCCAGUGUCUGAAAGGCUGUGAGGAGGGGUUCAAGGGAGAAUACUGCAGUGAAGCAAUGCCCCCGUCUAGUGAUGCUGGUGUAAUCAUUGGCGUAGUUGUUGCUCUUGUGGCACUGUCAGUAAUCAUCGCUGUUAUCGUCAUCAUCAUGUGUCGCAGGCGUCGAGCCAAGCCCAAGGAGAGUCAAGAUGAAACAUUGAUGAUGAGGAGACCGGAUGUCACGGACAGAACCACUCUGAUAAAUGGGAGUAAAAAGGACAGCAAAGAUAAACCCAAGUUACCUAAGCGCUCAAAGGGACACAGCAGCGACAACGGCGACCUGGAUACCAACAAUGAUGAUGAGGCGGCGCCAUUAGUUGUGGCUGACACGGACCCAUCUGAUUAUUACAACCUGAGUUCGCAGAUUUCCGUGGACUUUUUUGCGGACUACUUGAGAAAUCGGCAGAAUAAGGAUGAAGAUUGGUACAAGGAUGAGUUUAAGAAAUUACCGUCUGGGCUUUUACGAGAUGCAAAGGAUGCAUGCCUGCCUAGCAACCAAGGAAAAUGUCGCUACAAGCAGCUCUAUCCAUAUGACUUGAAUCGUGUCAAACUAGAACCAGAUGGUGAUGUUACAGGCGACUUCAUUAAUGCAUCAUACUUAAAGGGUUACAAGCAACCUGAAGCUUUCAUAGCGGCUCAGGGUCCAACAGAUGCGACUGUGAAAGACUUUUGGCGCAUGAUUUGGCAGAAAGACUGUGGCAAGAUAGUGAUGCUUACAAAUAUCGUCGAGGAAAUGAAGACAAAGUGUGUUUGUUAUUGGCCACAAGAAGCACCCUCUGCGACCUUCGGGAUAUUUGAAGUCAACAUGACAUCUGAACGUGUCCAGCCAAAUUUCACAAUACGCGGUUUGAGGGUUACCCAUAUGUCCACAAAGGAGGUGAAGGACUUCAGUCUGUACCAUUACACUGCGUGGCCUGACCGCAAUGUGCCAGACAAUCCAGGGGUGAUACUUGCAUUUAGGGAAAAAGUCAUGGAGGACAAGGCACUAUUAGAUGGUCCCAUUCUAGUUCACUGCAGUGCAGGCAUCGGUCGUACAGGCACCUUUAUUGCACUGGAUUAUUUAAUACGACAAGCGCACGCGGAGAAGACUAUUGAUGUCUUCCGGACUGUCACUGAUAUGAGGUACCAGCGGUCAAACUUUGUGCAAACAGAUAUUCAGUAUGAGUUCCUACACAACGCCAUACUUGAGGCCCUAACGGUUAAUGAGAGUGAGAUACCUGCCGCAGACUUCAACCAGUUUUACCAGUCACUGCUGGCCAAUGACAAGGAGCAGAUGAAACUCCAGUACCAGGCAAUGAACGAAAUGUCGCCAGUUUUAGACGAGGACUGUUUUGCUGCAAGUCAAACGCAGGAUAACAUUCACAAGAAUCGCUAUCCUGCCAUACUGCCGCCGGACAUGAGCAGGGCGUAUCUGUCCACUCCAGUGAAGGGCGGCAAUGACUACAUCAACGCUGUCUUCUUACCCACGUGCAUGAACAAGACAGGGUUUAUAAUUACCCAGAUGCCUCUACCUCACACGGUCACCGACUUCUGGCGACUCGUAUACGACCAACAUGUGCACAACAUCGUCAUGAUGAAUAAUGUUGACGAUGAUGAUGAUACAAUCGGAGAGUAUUGGCCGUCAGAAGACAGCACGUAUGGACCGUUUAGAGUCCAGCUGCUGAGCUGUGAGAAUCCGUGUCCUGAUUUCUCCAUAAUGAACAUGCUUCUUACAUAUAAAUCUCUGAGCCGAGAAUCCAAGAUGCAGGUGAAGCUGUUCCGCCUAGAGAGCUGGCCCGAUGACGAGACGUUACCGGCGACAACACAAUCCCUCACCUCCAUGUACAGCCAGUUGGCUAUCGCCCCUCGGGAUUCCCAGACUGAGGCUGUCAUUGUACACUGCAUGAAUGGUGCUGAACGCAGUGGCCUGUACUGUGCGAUAGCUGCCGUAUUGGACCGACUGAAUGCAGAACAGAAGGUGAACAUUCCCCAUACCGUCCAGCAGCUGAGGGGGCGUCGCCCAGAACUCAUCCAUACUCUGGAACAGUUUGAAUUUGUGUAUAGAACAGUGGCUGAAUACAUUGAGUCUAUGCAGGAGUAUGCCAACCUGCAGUUCUGAUGUAGGUUAUUAUGGAGACUAAAAUGAUAGGCUGUGAUGGUGCAAGAUUUUAUGGACACUUACUUCCGGGGAAAUGUUCAACGCAAAGUGCUAUGUGGUGUCAAAACAUUGUUUGUCUAAGAUGACUGGUGGACUUGAUAUUGUCAUAGUAGAACAGAUAAAUGUUGUUGUAAUUGUUGUGUGUAUGUCUUACCUACUAUCGUAACUACAUUUUGCACCUUGACUAUUUUAAGUGUAUGCACAUACUUUGAUUGUGACUUUUAAGAAAAUGACAACUGUCCAUGUCCAAAAAACAACUUGGCAAAUCUUUUGAAAUUGGCAGAAUUUGUGACAUUUAAGUUUAAUCUUGACAGUUCAUGAUGAUGCAUAAUAUUUAUAUUAUUUUGUAUUUAUAAUUAGUUACUAUAAUACUUAUAGUUAUUAAAACUAGUUACUAGUAAUAACUAAUAUAAUAAGAAAUAGUUAUUACUAUAAUUUUAACUAAUUACAGGUUAUUUUUAAGACAUAUAACUUACAUUAUUAUGAUGUAAUACAUGAUUUUAAGUGUAUAGAUCUGUAUAUUAGUAUUUGAUUUGGGUUCAUUUUGAGACGUUUUAGAAACUGUAAACUUAACCUCAAUCAGUAUAGUUAAAAGUAUGUCAUUUUAUAUUAUACAUUUCCAUGUUUUUGAAAGCUCGUUAUUUGAUAUGACUUCUGAAACCUGUUUUUUUUUAAGUGAGGAUUUUCAUUUGUCUUCUCCUUAAAACUAUAGAAAAUUUUAACUUAUUAUUAUAGAAAUUUAUAAACACAAUUAUCAACAGUAUACAAACACUUUUUCAUUCAAAAAUUGAUGUUGCAUUUCUUUGAUAUACACAGCCUUUUCUUUAAACUUUCGUAUUUCACUGUUAAUCAAUUAUACUUUUUUAUUGGUAAAUAUCAGAUUAGCAUUCUAUUUAAAGUGUAAAAAAAAAGUAAAGGUUUUUAGCUCACCUGAGCAAUUGCUCAGGUGAGCUUUUGUGACCGGUCUUUGUCCGUUGUAUGUCCGUCUGUCCGUUUAACUUUGCUCGUAAACACUCUAGAGGCCACAUUUCUUGUCCCAUCUUCAUGAAACUUGGUCAGAAGCUUUGUCCAAAUGAAAUCUCGGCCGAGUUCGAAACUGGGUUGCGCCGGGUCAAAAACUAGGUCACUAGGUCAAAAAAAAGAAAAACCUUGUAAACACUGUAGAAGUCACAUUUCAUGCCCAAUCUUCAUGUAAAAUGUUUGUCUUAAUGAUAUCUUGGUUGAGUUCAAAAGUGGUUCUGAUCCGUUGAAAAACAUGGCCACCAGUGGGCGGGGCAGUUUUCUUUAUUUGGCUAUAGAGAAACCAUGUAAACACUCUAGAAGUCACAAUUUAUGCCCAAUCAUCAUGAAAGUUGGUCAAAACAUUGGUUCAAUUGAUGUCUCCAACCAGUUUGAAAAUUGUGGAGAUCGGUGAAAAAACAUGGCCGCCAGUGGGCGGGGCAUUUUUCUCUAUAUGUAUAUAGUGAAAACAUGUGAACACAGUAGAAGUCACAUUUUUGGCCCAAUUUUCAUGAAAUUUGCUCAAAAUAUUUGUUUCCUUGAUACAAGAGUUGAGUUCAAAAAUGGUUCCGGUCAGUUGAAUUACAUGAAACUUCAUAGGUACAUUGAUCAUGACUCGCAGAUGACCCCUAUUGAUUUUCAGGUCACUAGGUCAAAGGUCAAGUUCACUAUGACCCGAAAUAGUAAAAUUGUUUCUGGAUGAUAACUCAAGAACGCUUAUGCCUAGGAUCAUGAAACUUCAUAGAUACAUUGAUCAUGACUCGCAGAUGACCCCUAUUGAUUUUCAGGUCACUAGGUCAAAGGUCAAGGUCAUGGUGACCUGAAAGAGUAAAAUGGUUUCUGGAUGAUAACUCAAGAACGCUUAUGCCUAAGAUCAUGAAACUUCAAAGGUACAAUGAUCAAGACUCGCAGAUGACCCCUAUUGAUUUUCAGGUCACUAGGUCAAAUGUCAAGGUCACAGUGACCUGAAAUAGUAAAAUGGUUUCUGGAUGAUAACUCAAGAACGCUUAUGCCUAGGUUCAUGAAACUUCAUAGGUAUAUUGAUCAUGACUUGCAGAUGACCCCUAUUGAUUAUCAGGUCACUAGGUCAAAGGUCAAGGUCAUAGUGCCAAAAAAUGUAUUCACACAAUGGCUGUCAAGGUCACGGUGACUCAACUUAGAAAAAUGGUUUCUGGAUGAUAACUCAAGAAUGCUUACGCCUAGGAUCAUGAAACUUCAUAGGUACAUUGAUCAUGACUCGCAGAUGAAAUAAUGAUGAAACAUGACCAGGAUGUUUGUCUGGACAAUAUCUAGGUCAAGUUUGACAUUUGGUAAAGAUUGAAUGAACCGACUCCUCUCAGGUGAGCGAACUAGGGCCAUCUUGGCCCUCUUGUUAUUUUAUGCCAAUGGUUAAUUUUACUAUUUUUAAGUGUUUUAUACAACUAUUGAACCAAUUUUUAAUAUUCACAUUUUUAAUGCAUUUUUUAAUGCAUUUUUAAAUACAAACUUAAAUGAAAAUAAUGUGUGUUAAGCAUUAUGGAUUCACAAUCAAAAUCUACUAAGGUUUUUGAAAGUAUUGUCUUUGAAAAAUUCAAGUAUUAAAUUGUUCUUUGUUUUAAUUCUUUCACAUUCCCUUCUUUUGUAUGUAUAUAUUUGUUUACUUUUUUAUGUUUAUAAACACAUUUUGUGUGUGUAUCUUUUGAAAAAACCAAAGACUAUCAUAUUGUAAACAUUUGCUAUAUAUAUUCUCACCAAACCUUAACACAUGUUCAGUGGGAAGGCCCACGUCCCGAUUGGACUUCUAUUUCAUAAAAUCCUUAAAUAUUAACAAAUUCAUUUAACAAUUCUUGAUGAACGAAUGACGAACGUUUGUGAAAUGAAAUUCGUGAGCACUUUUUAUGCCCCCGUCAGUCAGUAUGUCAGUAUGUGUGUAUGUCAGUCUGUCCGUCCAUCCGGAAAAAACUUUAAUGUUUGCCAUAACUUUUGCAUUAUUGAAGAUACAAACUUGAUAUUUGGCAUGCAUGUGUAUCUCAUGAAGCUGCACAUUUUGAGUGGUGAAAGUUCAAGGUCAAGGUCAUCCUUCAAGGUCAAAGGUAAAAAAAAAAAAAAAUUCAAAGCGGCAUUCUCAUGAAGCUGCACAUUUUGAGUGGUGGAAGUUCAAGGUCAAGGUCAUCCUUCAAGGUCAAAGGUAAAAAAAACACAACAUUUCAAAGCGGCGCAAUAGGGGGGAUUGUGUUUCUGACAAACACAUCUCUUGUUUCCAUCAAUAUUUAACAGAAUUUGUUUUUAAAAUUUGGAAGUUGUGAUUAUACAACUGUACAUGAUUAUCUGGUAAUGGAUUGAGACAGAACAUUUUGUAAUAAUGGGGUUGUAGAAAAAGUGUUGUUUAUUAUAUGGAUGUAUUAAUUUUAACCCAUAAUAUUGGCAUCUUUUAUAAUUGGCGCUAUUACAUAGGUUUGAUUGUUGUCAUUUUGACCAUGAUUGUCAGUUAACAAAUGUUUAAUAGCUACACUUUGUGAUUCCAGUUUAAUUUCACUUUCACUACCACUAAAACCAGAAUGUGGCUAACUGAAGGGAAUCAGAUUAAUAGUUUAAUUUCUAUUAGUCAUCCUUUAGUCCCCUUUGUUUUGAGUAAAUUUGAGUUUGAUUUGAAAAAGAUUGAAAUGUAAUGAAAAUCAAAUAACGUUCUUGUGCAAUAUGUUUACAGAAGUAUUGAAAUAGAUGUGUACAAUAUACUGUCUCGUACAGUCAAGAAUAUACUUCUAUUUGUGGACUUUAACUUUGUGCUACUUCUUGUAAGAUUCGUGUUGUUUUAAACAUUUGUCAUGUACAAUAAAUACUACCAUAUGUGAUGUGUAUUUAUUGACUUCAAGUAGACAAAUGUGGCCCAUGUAUGUAAGUCAGUAAAAAAAAACAAUCAGUAUGUUUAAUGAUAAUUAUUACAAGUAUGGUUGUAUUAAGUGGUUAUUUCAUUUAUAAAACUCUUGUAAUAAAAAAGCACAUAAUCUACUUGAA